AUGAAAAGCAAACUAGUUUGUUAUUUAUUGUGUUCAUUGGUGACGGUAUUUGCUGUUGAAGAAUUCAUACCAUCGAGUGAAUGGCAGGUUGUUAAAGACGGCCAACAUAUCCCACCGGGUUUAGAAAUACGAUUGGACCUUGAAAAUAUGCAAAGAGAAGCCAGAAUACCAUUAGAAGGUGAAAAACAGCUAUCGAAUAUCAAAAACCAUGAAAUAGUGGUCGUUCAACCUGAUUCCGAUAUUACACGUGCAAUUGACGCAUUAACCCAUGGAGACUACAGUUCCAUUGACUAUUUAGUUGACGAGUCUUCUGAUAUUGAACAUGGUGUCAUUAUAGCCAAGAAUGCUAAUAAAUUGUUACCAUUGCUUGAAAUCAAACAGCUUAGUCACGAUAUUUACAAGAUAAUUGCGGCCUCUUUAAGAAACAAUGUUGAUGCGCAGCAUGAAUUCGGUAAUAUUGUACAUAUCCAGAAGUUCAUGGACGGCUUACUCGAUUUACAGGAUGUGAGAAAGGAGAAUACCAAGAUUAAGUUGAGUGUGUUGGGUGCGCUCGUUGGGAAUGGUACCUUUCAAUUAAACAACGAGUUGAAGACAAAGCUCUUGGUGCUAUACGUGCAAGCCAACGAAGAGGCUUUGAGGCACAAAAUUAUAAACAUACUAAAUGAUGGGGAAGGUGACGUCAAGAGGAGAUUCUGCGAAGUUGCGGAAGAAGCUCUUCCAACUGCUACAUUAAAUAAGAAUACAUGGUCUGUCCUCCGAGAGUUAGCUAGGCUUAAGCAGGAAGAGCGGAAGCUUUUCAAAGCUGGUUCUAAAUUCUUGGACUGGCUAGACGUAAACAUCAAUCUAUUGCGAUCUGAGGCUGACACGGUACCUUUGCGGGAGUUGAUAAGAUACCGGCACGAGGUGUUUGGCAACCGUUUCGGUUCUAGACGGGACGACUUGGACGAGUUGUAA